AUGUCCAACGUAGAAUCUACCAAGUCCCUCCGUCUUCUGUCUCUUGACGGCGGCGGCAUCACAGCCCUCAGCCAACUCACAAUCCUCAAGUCAAUCACCCUCGCCAUCCAGCAACAGCACGCCCUCCCCGAACCGCCUCGACUCCACGAGCUCUUCGACCUCAUCGGCGGCAGCGGUCAUGGCGGCCUCCUGGCGCUGCUCCUGGGCCGCCUCCGCCUCACCAUCGACGAGACCCUCACCGAGUACCGCCAGCUCGUGGAGCGGGUGUUCUCCCAUCGGAAACGCCACCGGGGCGGGAACGGGCGAUACAGCGCCCGCGAGAUGGAGGCAGCGAUCAAGGAUCUCGUGUGUCGGUACACGACUCCUUCGGAUCAGGAUCCGGAGAGGGCAUUAUUUCUCGAGGAGAACGAGAAUCGCGCCGAGAGGGAGGGGGAAGCUGAGGUGGGCUGUAAAGUCUUUGUCUGCGUACGCAGCACCCAAGCGAUGGAAUACGCGCGCCUGUUCUGCUCGUAUCGCAGUUACCGAGCGGGCGACAACCCGGACCUCACGGUCUGGCAGGCGGCGCGGGCGGUGACGGCGCAUCCGGCGCUGUUCAAGCCCGUGAGGGUCGGGGUGGAAGACUUUGUGGAUGGGAGUCUCGGCACGAAGAAUCCAUGUCGCCUGCUGCUCGACGAGGCGAGGCGGCUGUUUGACGAGCGGCGGCCGGUGGGUUGCGUGGUGAGUCUCGGGGCCGGGAAGCCUCCGCCGGUGCAGCUGGGUCGGCCGGGGCUCUUCCAGCGGCUUCUGCCGACGAAGAUUGUCGCGGUGGUGGAGGCGCUGAGCUUCGAGGCUGAGACCGUCGCACGGGACCUAGAGAAGAGGUUUCAAAGGUCGCCGGACGUGUAUUUCCGCUUCAAUGUCGGGGAGAGGGUUGCGAGCGUGGGGAUGUCGGACUGGGAGAGGUUGAGUGAGGUGGAGAGUAAGACGGUCGAGUAUCUGGCUGCGUUUGAGGUGGAGAAUGCAGUGUUACGGGCUGCGGAGGCAUUGUAUGGCAAGGAAAUGGAGGAAGGUACAGAUAGGGUGAUGACAGUGUUUGAUUUGUGA